AUGUCUUCAGCCAGAUCCCACAUCGAAUCAGCCCUCUCCGAAGCUAGGGCAUCAAACAACCUUGCGGCGUACGAACAUCUUUCGAAAGCGCUUGAUGCUCUUGACCGGUCUGCUUCGUCUUCUUCUUUUGCACCUCGUAUGGAGUAUGAAGAAGGAUCUGCUGAACAUGAAUCCGAUGACCGGGGGACAGAUGCGCAUGGGAGGAGAAGGAACCGUCGGGACAUGGAUCGGGAUGACGAUGCCAGCAGUGCAAGGGAGGAUGACCAUGGCCGAGAUGAUCGUUUUACCUAUACCGAUGAUUACCCUUACCCUCCGCCCCGUCACCACCACCAUCAUCGCCAUCGCCCCCGCUCCUCUUCAUCCUCCUCCCGAUCCUCCUUCAACAACACAUUCGACCCCCUCACCGCCACCCUCGGCACAGUCCUCGGCCUUGGCCUCCUGGGAUCCAUCUUCUCCCCUCUCACAGCUGUAUACCCCGUCGCAGCAUCGAGCUACCCCCUAUCCCCCGGAGAAAGCCUAUACAUAUACUAA